ACAAUGAGCGGCCGAUUCGUUGCAGUAAUGAGUGCCUCCGAUCACGGAAGCGCUGUUGCCCGUGUUGCCGGUGUGCUGUGCCCUCUCGAUCCUUGCUCUCGACCAGCUCUCGACGGUCGGCUGGACCGACUGGACCGCGCGUCCGCGGGUCCACAGGCCUUGGCCGCUGUCCAGGUGGGAAAAAGCAGUGCCGGCAGUGCAGCCUCAGUCGUCGCAGGAAGAAGUCGGAUGCCCUGACUGAGGCGUCGUUUCGUGUCUUCGAACAUCUGCGCGUUCGUGAAUUACGGUGGUGCCUAGGAGUAUCGCCAAUGCCACCCAAGCCACAUGGAUUUCCUCGCCUCUGCCGACUACGCAAGAGGACGCUUCGCUUCCAUUACGGGCGGGACCCAGAGCCCAUGGAGAUGCUUGCUGCUCUGACAGGUGGAAGCCUGCAUUCCAAGGACAAUGGUGGAUCGUCUGCCACUUCGUUGCACUUGGAGGUGCCGGGCGAAGCAGCCUCCUCGGAAGAUGAAGACAGCCAGAGCUUCUUCUCUGUCCCUAGAGAACUAGUUGAGUCACAACCCACGACGCGGCCACAACGUGGGGGCUUGUACCACUGCGAGUUCUGCCCUUACUUCACUCGUUAUCUACAUCAUCUCACCAGGCACAAAAAGAAACACACGGGAGAGAGGCCUUUCUGCUGCUCUGUCUGCGAGAUGGCGUUUGCUGAAAUCGAUACCUUACAGACACACAUGAGGACUCACACAGGGGAGAAACCAUAUCGCUGCGAGGUUUGCCAGAAGUCGUUUGUAAAAAAUAGUCGCCUGGUGAUUCACAAAAGAGUCCAUACGGGUGAGAAACCAUACCAGUGUGGCAUCUGCGAGAAAACGUUUUCGGAUCAAUCUAACUUCUUGACUCAUAAACGAACCCACAGCGGGGAGCGGCCUUACAAGUGUGAAGCAUGUGGGGAAGCGUUUGGCUCCAAAACCCAUUUAGGUAGGCAUAGAAAAAGGAUGCACAAGUGAGGAAUCUUAGCCAUGGAAUUUCUUGAGGUCGUACCUGUGGAAGAGUUCAUGUUUUACCAUGUGUUUCACUGCAUGUAUGUUGUUUGUUCACCGGGAGUUGAGAAACAGGGAUAUUCAUUAGUUCUAAACAUUAUCAGUUGCAGUAGGCAACAGCUGUAGUGCCGCUUAGUAGCAUUUUUUUUAACCCCUUAAGUGCCAAAUUUUUUUUUUCCAAAAGUAACCUAAAAGUGCCAAAUAUUUUUUUUAUUUUGA